GCAAAGGGACGGCUGUGCCAGCCGUGCUCGGGCAGGCUCCUGGCAGCAUGGCAGAGAAGCUCGGGGCGCUCCUGCUGGCCCUUGUUCUCAGCCUGGCACAGCCAGCCCCGGCCCGCCGGAAGCUCCUGGUGUUUCUGCUGGAUGGUUUUCGCUCUGACUACAUCAGUGAUGAGGUCCUGGAGUCCUUGCCUGGUUUCAGGGAGAUUGUGAGCAGGGGGGUGAAAGCGGAUUACUUGACCCCAGACUUUCCCAGUCUCUCGUACCCCAAUUACUACAGCCUAAUGACUGGUCGCCAUUGUGAGGUCCAUCAGAUGAUCGGGAACUACAUGUGGGACCCCGCCACCAACAAGUCAUUUGACAUAGGGGUCAACAGAGACAGCCUGAUGCCUCUCUGGUGGAAUGGAUCAGAACCUCUGUGGAUCACUCUGACCAAGGCCAAAAGGAAGGUCUACAUGUACUACUGGCCAGGCUGUGAGGUUGAGAUUCUUGGUGUCAGACCUACUUACUGCCUAGAAUAUAAAAAUGUCCCAACGGAUAUCAAUUUUGCCAAUGCAGUCAGCGAUGCUCUUGACUUCUUCAAGAGCGGCCAGGCGGACCUGGUGGCCAUCUACUACGAGCGCAUCGAUGUGGAAGGCCACCACUAUGGGCCCUCGUCGCCACAGAGGAAAGAAGCCCUGAGGGCCGUGGACACCGUCCUGAAGUACAUGACCACGUGGAUCCAGGAGCGCGAGCUGCAGGACGACCUCAACGUCAUCAUCUUCUCAGAUCACGGGAUGACUGACAUUUUCUGGAUGGACAAAGUGAUUGAGCUGGAUAAGUACAUCAGCCUCCAUGACCUGCAGCAGGUGAAGGACCGAGGGCCGGUUGUGAGCCUGUGGCCGGCGCCCGGGAAGCAUUCUGAGAUAUAUAACAAAUUGAGAACAGUGGAGCACAUGACUGUCUACAAGAAAGAGGCCAUCCCGAGCAGGUUCUACUACAAGAAAGGGAGAUUUGUCUCUCCUUUGACCUUAGUGGCCGAUGAAGGAUGGUUCAUAACUGAGAAUCGAGAGACGCUUCCAUUCUGGAUGAACAGCACUGACAAGAGGCAAGGCUGGCAGCGCGGAUGGCACGGAUACGACAACGAGCUCAGGGACAUGCGGGGCAUCUUCCUGGCCUUCGGACCCGAUUUCAAAUCCAACUUCAGAGCCGCUCCCAUCAGAUCCGUGGAUGUCUACAACGUCAUGUGCAACGUGGCAGGCGUCGCCCCCCUGCCCAACAACGGGUCCUGGUCCCGGGUGACAUGCAUGCUGAAGGACCCGGCCAGCUCGGCCCUGGCUGCGCGGCCGGGCGCCUGCACGUUGGCCUUGGCGCUGCUGGCGCUGCUGUCCUGAACUGCUAGCGCGGUGUGUGCCGUGCCCCACGGGGGAGGCCUGGCCGCCUCCUAUUUCACUAAUAGCUUCGUCAGUUCAGUCAAGGCCAUACAAUUGUAAAUGUAUUAGUCUUGGAUGGUUCUAUACAUAAAAGUCCCUAUUUCUUAAAAAAACAAAAACAAAACCCCUUUGCUUUUUCCGGAGGUAAGGAAACUCCUAGCUUUUCAUUUGUUCAACUAUAGGUUAUUUUCUCCUUGCGUUCCACGUACUCAGAUGAACUAAGCAGGGCGUCCCCCUGUAGCGACCAGACCUUGGGCGGGUAUUCCAUGGAAUCCUGGCCCCUCUCUGUCCUGCUCUGCACAAAGCAGGCCCUUGUCUGUGCCCUGUCUAAACCCCGGAGCCACCCUCAGGGUCUACGGCCACCAUCCCAUACUGCUCCUUCCGUCUGGGACAAAGGAGGCCCAUGUGAAGCAGUAGCUGCUAUUUCUAACUCAGCUCGUGGGGUUUCUUCACCUUAUACAAAGUCCCAGAAAGGGCAUAUCUGAGCUUGGCUCACCCAGCAAUAAAAAUCAAUGGGAACUGCAGAAUUCAUGGAACAAAUUGAAAGACAUGCGUUCCUUCCCAAAGUCCGAGUGCACGAAAGUUUCUCCCUGCCUGAAGGAGCAGAAGAGUUUCCAAUAGAUACGGGCUUCUGUGAGCCUCCCUGUAGCGUAUCGUGGUGUGAACAUGCACACGGCAGGCGCUGGAUUGCCUGUGGGAAGGCUCACUCAGAGGCUGCCUCUCUUUGGAAACCCGUACAGAGUGUAGACACUAGCGACCCCUGACAUCAUCACAGGCGGGGAAAGGGGUGUCUGGCUGAUGAUGGUGUGGACAUACUUAAAGAAAUCUCACGUCAUUGCUUGAAAUGGUGAUGCAAUUAAGCGUAAGUUUGAUGCACCAGUGUCCUGGAGCACUGCUUAUUCAACAACCACAGCAAAGCGGACCCCUGAGUGACCCAGAAUUCCAAGGAAAAUGGUGGGGCACGGGGAAUGGCGGCCACAUGAUGGAGUCAAAUCCCAGUCACUAACCACUUAGCCACUGGAUUAGGAAACAGUCUGGUCAAAGCGCCGCCUCAGAGACCUUAAGAAACCUCGAAGAAGAGGCACUGAGCCUGAGAUGAAAUGUUUUUAGUUUAGUCUUCUAAGUUUGCUGUAGGAGCUCUUGUUGCAAAACAAGGGAUAACUGCAUUUCUAUAUGAUCAGAGUCAUAUACAUAUAUCAUCGCAUUAAAAAUGAGUUUGCACUAAAUGAGGCACAUCUGCAAAUGAGGCUUUUUGUCAGGAAAGGGCAAAAGAUCAGGUCUCGUCAGGACGAUGAAGCCCUCAUGUGUUGUUUACCUUGAAAAAUGAAAAUGUAUGCUCCCCCUGAUUCAACAAGGUUGGGAACCGUUCCUGGGCCUUGAAUCAUGAGAGCAAAGGAUCACUGCUGAAAAAUACCUAAUUUACCUUCACAGAAGAUUUCUAAGGAUUUAUGUAAUGGGUUUUAAAGUGCCAGCAGACCAUCGAAUCAACGGGGAGGCAAAUCAGCCUUUGUGCCCUGGCCAGAAGCCAAUUAGUGCUUUCGGAACAUUGGUGCGGGUAGUUGCAAUAGGCAUCUAUUGUUCACAGGUUUCCUUCUCCUUAAAGGACUGGGUUCUAAUGAGUCCAGUGCAGCCCACUGUGCUCCCUUGUGAAGGAAGGAGACCUAAAAGAAACCCAGUGAUCCCACAGGGGUACAAACAGACACACAGCCUCGGAUUUGUCCUUCCUGCCCUGUUCUACCAAUUUUUCCCCUCCCUCGUCCUUCACAUCUUCAAGUUCCAUAAUAAAAUUUCAGAUAUUCGUCUGACAAAGUAUAGUUGCUCAAUAAGUAGUCUUGAAUAGAUAAAUGAGAGUAAGGUACUUUUGGAAUCAUGACUAUUGGUAAAUAAUAAAGAAAAUUCAGACACUGAAUGGAGAAAAAACCUUUUUACCUAAAGCAAUGCAUAUAUUUUAGUGGCUUAAUUAUUUGGCUAGAAUUUUUUCUUUUGAUGUUUGUUUUAAAGGUAUGUUAUUUUCCCAAGGAAAAUUCUACUUCCUCUAAACGCAUUUUGUCCCAUCGGAACAAUACCCGCUAGGACGAUACACGCACCUUGUCUCCUGGAUUAUUUUCCCACUUCAUUGCUAAUUCCAGGAGGAAGGUAAUUGGACUGACCUGCAAAUGCCGAAGACAGAUGAAAGGAAUGAUCUUUAAAUGAAGGAUAAGAUGAAUGGCUACUUUCCCUGCCCACAGGCCUAAUGGCCAGAACCCAAUUCACUUAACUUCUGAAGACUUAAACAUGAAUAAGAGCAGGCCCAGGGAAUUCUUUCUAGCCGUCAAGAGCCCAGACUUGGGCUCAAGUCCCAACUCUCUUUACUUUUAAAUGGCUCUUGGAAAUCCACAGCAGGUCUGAAUUCAGCCACAGACAGCAGUUUGCAAACUUGCUGGGACUGCAGGCGUCAUCUGGCCCUCUUCCAGAGACGCAGGUUCAGAGGAUCUGGCAUGGACACGACACUUCUAAGUCACGUGACUCUAAGGUCUGGAUUUGCUCUCAGGAGAGACGGGUUCUGAUUUGACCUUGGUAGACCUGAGCCUCCUGACAGCAACUUCGUAAUCUGCCAGUUAUUUUCAGGAGCCAUCAGGCUGGCAUUGGCUACUGGUCCCAGCUGGGUCAGGUUUCCACCCUUCUUAAGCCAAAGCGGGUCUGUAAGCCCCAGUGACGGAGAGGCUUCUCCACACCCAAGUCCCUGUGAGUGUAAGAUCCCCAGCGGUGCUACCAGACAAACUCACUGUUCAAGACACACAGCUCUUCUAUGAAUUUUCUGUGAAAGUGUUUUACGUUUCUGUAAAUAUCAAGAGAUUUCCAAAUGUGAUAGUGUGUUUAAUCUUUGUAAGCAAUCUGUGAUAGACCAAAGUCAGCUCUUGAAAACUACUUACUAGGAGGACGGGAGACGGUAGCCUUGACAGCCUGGUUAUAAAACGUGGGAAACUUGGUCUCAGGUCUCUGCUAUGGAAGUUAUACUUACGUGUUGCUUUGAAAUCAUAAAAUAGCACCUAGUGCGGUGCCUCAAAUGUUUCAUGAAUGUCCCAUAAAUAUGUGUUGAAUGAGAAAAAGAAUGAAUAUCACUUGCUUACACAGCAGAUAUUCUCUCUCUUUGUCUGCAGUUCCUCCAAUUAAACAAACCUUUCCGUU